GACCUUGAAGAUGCCCUGAACACUGCAGCAAAGGGGGAGUUCCUUAUGCCAGAGAGAGUGGCUGUUUACCAAGAAAGCUGAGAGGUCUCUCGUGAAAAACAAGGGCUGGACCGCAGUGAGAGAAAGAGCAGUGUGACUGAGAUAUCAGCAUAGGCUCUUCUGCAAAAAAAAACAACAAAGAAAAAAAACCAAAAAAAAAAAAAACCCGAUAUCCUCGACGUUAUAUUUUUCCCUAUGCAUUAUGUGCAUGUGAGUUAUUUUUUCUGCUUUUAAAGGGAUAUACAGCAACUUAUCGACAUGACGAUGUUGUUGUUUCACUUAGUUCUGCUCAGUGUCGUUUUUGUGGACUGCGCAUCAAAUAUUGAAGAAUGCACGAGAAGCAAUGGUGUACAGUACCGGGGAGAACAACAAAUCACUUCUACGGGAAAGCGGUGCCUUAACUGGGUGAACAUAACCAGGGACUACGGUGCGUCCGCCUACACGGACGCAGAGACCGGUGUCGGAGACCACAGCUACUGCCGAAACCCAGAUUCGGCCGACAGGCCCUGGUGCUACGUGCUGGACCAGGAGGGCAAGGUCCAGAGGCAGGACUGCGCCAUUGCCACCUGCAAAGACCAGACGGAUGCCGCAGCGGAGGCGGAAACAUUCCCGUCAUCCUCCACUCCGGGGAAGACCGAGGUCUUCGAGCCGGCGCAGUCCCCCCCCGUGCAGGGUGAGGGCGCCGCGGUGCAGCCCGUGAUCGGGAUCAGCCAGCGGGUGCGCAACGGACCAAAGAAGAAGAAGGACCUCGGAACCAUGGGCUAUGUCCUGGGCAUCCUCAUGAUGGCUGUCAUCAUUCUCAUGGGCGUGGGAAUCACGCUGGGCUACUUCUACAAGAGGGGUCGCGACCUGAAGAAGCAGCACGACCAGCGCGUGUACGAGCGUGAGAUGCAGAGGAUCACCCUCCCGCUCUCCGCCUUCUCCAACCCCACCUGCGAGCUGGUGGACGAGAACGCCGUGGUCCUCAGCCCCCAGCAGAACCCCAGCGAGGACACGCUGGAGGGCGGGGACCCCCUCAUGGGCCAGGCCGGGACCCCAGGGGCCUGAGGACCAGAGAGGGGAGCCCCACGACGUGGGAAAAAAACAACCAGGAAUCUCAGAGGAGAGAGACUGCCCUCCAAACCUAUCACCCCUACUUUUAUUAGCCUUCUGGACAGGAAGUGGGACUAAAAGGCUGCGCUCAAAGGCAAAGUUAUUGUUCUCACUUCCCUAGUGUAAAUGCUUCUGUCUAAACGGGGGGGGAAGAGGAAAAGGGAGGAUUUCCUCUACAUAAAGACCAUCAGGUGUGCAGAGAAUGGAUGAGUUUUGUACAAAAAGUGCAUGUCAGGGAUGCUUGGUUUAAAAUCCUUAAUUUUAUAUUGGAAAAAACAUUGUUUAUGGGUGACAUGGGUUAUGAUUGUCCUUCUUAACUGUGUUUCAGUCGAAAUAUCUAAAGCAAUGAAAAUGUGCCACACGGCUAAGAGGGGGAAUGAGAACCACAGUGCUUAUUGAUAUGCUUUUGUUUUCACUCAGAGAGUAUGUCAGGAUGAUGUAGACAAUGUCCUUUUCGAGUCCUCAUUAGGUCUGUUUCUGGUCAGUAGCAGGUCUGAGUGAGGUUACAGGAGCUCACGGCCUGCAAAAACAUAUGGAAUUGUGCCGGUGGAAAUUCCCCAAAACGCUCUGUGCUUUGCAUCGACAGCGCAGGAACAAGAAGAAACUGGAAAGGCCAGUUUCAGAGACUGGGAUUGUGUGUCUAGGCUCCGUUUGAAAAACAUGUCCCGAGAAUCAGGGAGGGCCACGAGAUUGACGGCUGCUGGAGGGGUUAAGAAAUCGCCCGUUUCUUGAACGGGCAUGUUCUCAGUGCGCUGCAUUUCAGUGUAUUUCUUUCCCCCCCCCUCCCGUAAUUGCAUCGGGCCUACUCUCAGGAUGUCACCCAAAAAAGCAAGGCCGCAUUGGAAGCGUUCUCCCCCCUGACCCCUGAGAGCUUGGGGCUCUGUGUUAGAGCAGGGUGCUGGAGCUGGAGCUGGUUCCAUGGGAGCACACGCAGGCUUCUGGAAGCCGUCACUUUCAGUUAGGAGUCAUAAACACGAGAUAAGGCAGCGUAAUGAAGGGCCUUCAGCCAGACCCGUUGCCUGGUCGACGCCGCCGCUCUCGGUCUGGAGAGUGGUCCGAGGACACUCCCAGACGAGAACCAACAACAACGGAAGGAGGACUGUAAUGUGAUUACUGACUUAGCGCAAAAACAUCAUUCGAAUAAUUUCCUUAUUUUUCUGAGCCUCCCGAGAACGGCAGAUAAUUCCAGGGACAAAGAGAAUAGGGGAAGAGAUAUUUCCAAGCUUAUCAAACAAUCUGCUGUCAUUUGAUUGCUUUUUAUCAUAUGAGUCCUACAUUUACUAGGGCAAAUUAAUCCAAGCAGAUUUUUUUUUUUUUUUUUUCUUGUGUGAGAGCUUGAUAUAUAUGUAAUAAUAAAUGAGUGUUAGUUGGUUAAGCACUUGCUUUGAACAUUACGAGAGAUUUUCUCUGCUUUGUUAUGUUUAAUUAUCCAAAGAUUGUUGUAGGACCAUUACAACAGCACUUCACUGUCAGCAAUGCACCAGACACACUUGUAUCCGAUGUCUAUUUCCGUUCUGUGAACCUAAUCUCAAUCUUCACAGUGGCAAUUAUUUUUUUAUUUUAAAAGCUGAGGAGUUACUGAAUACUGGAUAAUUAUUAAAUUGUUGCAGUUUAUUUAGGAUGAAUUUUAUUUUUUACAAUUCAGCUAUAGGUACUGUUGCUAUGGUUUAACAUUUAAAGCAGUACUUGCAUUUGUAUUUUUGGCAGUUUAUUCUGCUGUGACUGAAAUAAAGAUUUUGAAAAAUGUUGAAA